AAACCCUCGCCUCCUUCCUCAGACUCUUAUCUCCUCCUUCAGAUCCUCUCCCCCUCCUCCCACUAACCCAUCUAUUUCUCUCUCAGACCUGUCUUCCUUCUUCAGAUCCUCCUCCUUCAGACCCUAUUAUCCCUCAUCCAACCUCAGAGAACUUUCAGCACCCUCUCUCCCAGCAGCACCCUCUCUCCCAGCAGCACCCUCUCUCCCAGCAGCACCCUCUCUCCCAGCCCUUCGAAGCCCCCACAGGACCCAUCACAUCUUCUCCCCUCUCCAGUCCUGCUAGGUUGGAACCACUGCACCACCUGCCGCGGGAUGCCAGGAGUGGGACAGGCUUGGGUGUCCUUCCGACCUUACCUCUGAGGGUCCCCACCCUAAGCCUCACCCCUCCAAACUUCAGCUUUCCUUUCUGUGCAGUGGGGUAGUGCUCCACACCCCUCUCCUGUGUCUGAAGGUCCCCAGGGGUGGGGUUGGGUGGGCAGGGAACACAAAACUCAGCCUAUCCAACCCAAUUCCUCCUCUCCCUUUGCUGUGGCCCUCGCAACACCAGCAGGCAGGGGUUGCCAUUGGUCCCAUUUUCCAGAAGAACAAACUGAGUCUCAGGAUGGAAUGGCUUGUCUAAGGUCCCACCGGGAGCAAGGGGUAGAGGCAGAAUUUGAACACAGGUCUGUGCUCGGGAUGUUUCACCAUGAAGCGGGGUAGGCAGAAAAGAUCAGGGAGGGAAGGGAUGAGGCCUCUCCCCACAGCCACUUCUCACAUCCUGGGUUAACGAUCCACUCGGGUGGGGCCUAAGUCCGACCAAAGUCCCUUCCCUGGGCCCCAACACCCACUUUCAAGGUCCCAGGGGACAGAGACAGCAACAGAGAUGGGGAGACAGAGACAGAGGGCAGGGCGGGAGACAACCAGAGGGAGGUCAGGCAAGUUGCGAAGACAGAAGGAGACCGGGGGAGAGACCCAGAGAGACGCCGCAUGCCCCCUGGGCAGGUCUGGGGUGCAGCUACCAUGCCCCGCCCUCUGUGUGCCCAAAGCCUCCCUCUCCGCCUCCUGUGACUCAGUGACCCGGACUCAACCCCAGCGGCUGCCCCGCCCCCAGGGAAAUCCGGGAAAGCCCCGGACCUUCGGGGCCCCACCCCGGGGCGGGGAGAGGCAGAGAAGGGGAGGAGACCGGGAAGAGUCCCGCCUCCCCCCUCCUUCCCUCCCAUCCCCUGCCUGAGUCAUGCCCCCAACCCGCCCGGCUUGUUCCCCACCCAUCAACCCCUCUUCGCGGUGGGAGGGGAAGUAGGGGGGAAGCCAAACUGCUCCCCUCUCCUGCAGCACCGGCCUCGGUCGCGCUGACUCUGGCCUGGCGUCUGUGUCUCUUGCUAUCUCUCUUUCUCUCAAGAUCUCUGCGCCUGUCUCCAUGUCUCUUUCUCUCUGUGCACCUAGGAUUUUCCGAGCACCCACCCCGGUGCCCUGGGGGCCCUGGCUGGGUGCAGGGCCCCCAACGCGGGCAGAGACACAAUCAGUGGAGCGCUCCCCACCCUCACCCCACCCCCAGCCCCUUUAGACCCACAGCCGAAGAGGCACGUGGAGUGGCAGAAAUGGAAGAGAGGAGGGAGAGGAAUCGUUCCUGGCCGCCUGCCGAGUGCCAGUCCUUGCCCCGGUUCAGCCGGCUGCAGGGGAAGUCCCGGCGCCCGGCGAAACCACCCUCCCGUGCAGCCGAGCCCAGCAGCUCUCCGGCCGCCGUCCCCGGCGGCCCCAUGCCCCGAUGCCCCGCGGGGGCCAUGGACGAGGGGCCCGUGGACCUGCGCACCCGACCCAAGGCCGCCGGACUCCCGGGCGCCGCACUGCCGCUCCGCAAGCGCCCGCUGCGCGCGCCCUCUCCGGAGCCCGCCGCUCCCCGCGGCGCUGCGGGCCUUGUAGUCCCCCUGGACCCCCUGCGCGGCGGCUGCGACCUGCCGGCGGUCCCCGGGCCCCCCCACGGCCUGGCCAGGCCGGAGGCGCUGUACUACCCGGGAGCCUUACUGCCUUUGUACCCCACUCGGACCAUGGGCUCCCCGUUUCCUCUGGUGAACCUGCCUACACCCCUGUACCCCAUGAUGUGCCCCAUGGAACACCCCCUUUCUGCUGACAUCGCCAUGGCCACCCGAGCAGAUGAGGACGGAGACACGCCUCUCCAUAUUGCUGUGGUGCAGGGUAACCUGCCAGCUGUGCACCGGCUGGUCAACCUCUUCCAGCAAGGGGGCCGGGAGCUCGACAUCUACAACAACCUACGGCAGACACCGCUCCACCUGGCUGUGAUCACCACAUUACCGUCUGUGGUCCGGCUCCUGGUGACAGCUGGUGCCAGCCCCAUGGCGCUGGACCGCCAUGGCCAGACGGCCGCCCACCUGGCGUGCGAGCACCGCAGCCCAACCUGCCUGCGAGCCCUGCUGGACAGCGCAGCUCCUGGCACGUUGGACCUGGAGGCCCGCAAUUACGACGGGCUCACCGCCCUGCACGUGGCAGUGAACACCGAGUGCCAAGAAACCGUGCAGCUCUUACUGGAGCGCGGUGCCGACAUCGACGCAGUGGACAUUAAGAGCGGCCGCUCCCCGCUCAUCCACGCCGUGGAAAACAACAGCCUUAGCAUGGUGCAGCUGCUGCUGCAGCACGGCGCCAACGUGAACGCACAAAUGUAUUCCGGCAGCUCCGCGCUGCACUCAGCGUCCGGCCGCGGGCUCCUCCCGCUGGUGCGCACACUGGUCCGCAGCGGCGCUGACAGCAGCCUCAAGAACUGCCACAACGACACGCCGCUGAUGGUGGCGCGCAGCCGCAGGGUGAGCCGGGGCGGCUGUGGGUAUGCCCCUUGCACACGUGUGUCCGCGGCCUGGUGGCAGGAGAGUGUGCCAGAGCGCAGCGGUGUGAGGGUGUCUGUGCCGCCGCGUGGUGGGGAGUGGGUGAGUCUCUGAGAGCGAGGGUGUGAGUUCCAGAAAUGAGGAGAGACUGGCACCAAGAAAAGAAGUGCCUUGCCCAUCUUUUCCUACUGAGAGAUGGAGAGGCCACCAUCUGGAUCCCGUGAGCUAGGAGGGAUAGAAGGAGAGAGGGCUGUGAGGCAGGGGUGGCUCCAUGGUGACGCCC